AUGACUUACAUACUUGUGCCCGCCGCACUAGGCUUGGCAGGUCUAUACUUGCGCCAUGUCAACACCGCCAUGAAGAGAACACCAGAGGAAGCUCUCCACCUUUCUCCUCAUCGCUGGACUAUCGAAGAAGUCAAGGCUGCCUAUGAAAAGGCCAGCGAGUCUCCUGUCGAUGUGACCAAAAGCCUCCCACCAAAACAGACCCGCCGUUAUGUUGUCGUGGGUGGAUCCGGUCUUGUCGGAGGCUGGAUCGUCCAACACUUACUAUCCCGCGGCGAAGACCCAUCCGCAAUCCGCAUUCUAGACCUCCACGCCCCAACAAAAGAGGUUCUAGAUCUCGGGGUGACACAUGUGAAAACAAACAUCACCGACAAACUUAGCGUCGACACAGCUUUUGAGCAACCAUGGCCCAAUUCUGUCGCUGGCCUUCCUCUGACCGUCUUCCACACGGCAGCAAUCAUUCGUCCUCAAGACCGCCUGGAGGUUUUCCUGCCACUUUGCAGCAACGUCAACGUCGAAGGAACACGGAACGUGGUGAAUGCCGCGAAAGAAAACGGCACUUCAUGCUUUAUCUCCACAUCCUCCGGCUCAGUGGGUCUCCACCGACCAGACUUCUGGAUCGCGCCUUGGGAAAAGCUCCCGAAGCGUGUGACACAGGUUUGGAACGAUGAUGCACCGUUGCCACAGCGGCAUGAUGAGUUUUUCGGAAAUUAUGCCGUUACCAAGGUCGAGGCUGAACGACUUGUGCGGUCAGAGGAUAAUUUGUCGUCUAACUUCCGGACUGGAUGUAUUCGGCCUGCGAAUGGUAUUUAUGGUAUUGGAAGUGAUGUUGCGAUGACCAUUACCGGUGUUUACCUGCGUACUGGUGGAAGCCCGACCUGGUUACACCCCAUCAUCCAAAGCUUCGUCAACGCCGAAAACGUCUCAAUUGCCCAUCUUCUAUACGAGCAACGUCUAGUCGAGCAAAGCAAGCCCGGAUCUCAGCUACCCAAUAUUGGUGGCCAGGCUUUCAUCGUUACGGAUCCCAACCCGGCUAUCUCGUUCAGCGAUGUAUACACGUUGUUGGUCACACUUGCUAAGACGCCAAUCGCUUUCCCAAUUGUUCAGCCUAUCUACCUAUUCCUUCUUGCGUACGUCAUUGAGGCAUACUCCUUUGUGCAAUUCAAGUACUUGUCCUGGCUUUUGCCGAAGAUUACGGGUGAUUUGGCGCAGGUUCAGCCUUCGCUGUUUGCCAUUUCGGAUACUUGUGUUUUUGCCGAUGAUUCGCGGGCGAAGAAGUCGCCUGAGGAGGGUGGUUUGGGUUAUAACCCGCCGCUGACUACGUUGGAUGGCAUGUGCAAGGAGGUUUUGCACUGGAACAAGAAUGCUGUUGCUAAUGGUGUUGUUGUUGAGGAGAAAAUUGGACCGGUGCGGGUUACGGAGAAUGGAGUUGAUGUUAAUCUUGUGGCGCCGGGAAAGAUUUGA